AUGAAACCCGUCCAAGCCCUUCUUAACUCGUGUCCUCGGCUUCACUUCUUGACCUUCGUUCUUUUCUUCUUCUUGUGCAGCAACAGCUACAUCACACACGCAGCCCCGUCACCGUCUGUCCUGGAGACUCGCAGCAACAACAAUCCGUUGAACAUUGAUUGGGAUCCCGCACCGUCACCAGAGGACGGACCGCCUGCAUCUGCAAACGCUCUCAGAGACCCUGCAUAUCUCCCUUACCAGAUCGGCGCCAUCGUCGGUUCCUACGGAGUAUCAUUGGUGCUGGUCGCCGGUUUGUUGCUCAUACUAUCGAAAAGACGUCGCGAGGCCCUCACUGCCGGUGACGACGAGGUGAACUUUGAAGUCGGACUCGACGAGCCACUCGACGAUCCAAAAUCACCCCCGAAACUCACCCUUGAGGUGCCGAGUUCGCCCCGGAGCAUCCCCCGGAGUCCCGUUCGCAACUUUUCGUAUCCCGGUGCCGAGGAGUACCAGACCCCGGAGUACCCAACUCCCCAGACCCCUUACAUCAACCCAACACCAACGUCAACGCUUCAGGCGCCCGGAGUAGACUUCACCGUUGACCAGAGUAUCGUCGCCAAGGACAAGAAAAUGGCGCAAACGCAACUCGAGGAGAUGUACAAGUACGUGAUGGAGCAGGAAGAGGCCAAACUGCAGGGCAUCAAGCUGGAAGGAUCACCGGUACUUUCGGCCAACCCUCAGCUACCAACACCGACGAAUGCCAGCUUCUCGUCCCUGAGGAAGCAAAAGCACAAACCAGGCAACCUGAACCUGUCAGAGGAGAAGCCGGAGAAGAAGCAGUCAAGGGCCUCGUCCAUCUUCUCGGCCCUGCGUUCUCCCAAGAAGGACAAGAAUGUACGAGGUAUCAGCAUUUCAUCACCCAUCAUGACGCCCAUGACGGGGACUUUCCCGAGACAGGAGGCUCAAGAGAUGAACGCCAUCCCGCCGCGGCAGUACGCGCCGCCCCCGCCACCUCCAGUACCCAUGAGCCAGAUGCAGAUGCCGUACGGAGUACACCAGCACAACGGCCAGGUAUCACCCGUCAGCCCGGACCACUCCCCGGAGAGCACCCAGAGCAUCGACGAGCGGAUCGGCGGCCAGAUUCCAAUCGGCCACGUCCGCAAGCCGUCAGCAGCGCCCUCCGAAAUGGAUCCCAACUCGGCCGUCUCGGAGCGAUCGACCGCGCCGCUCAUCGGGCUCCCGCAAUCCCCGAAGCCGGGAGCCCGAUUCAGCUCCACCCUACCCUCGUCCCCGAAGCCGGGAUCCUCGUUCCAGCUCCCCGCAUCGCCCCUGCCAGGCGCCGGGUUCCGGUCCAAGGCGCCCUCGGCAGUCCGCACUGGCGGAUCCCUGCCUCUGCGUGCGUACGAGCCCGCGCUCAGCUCGCCUUCGCUGGCGUCGCAGACCACCAAGCAGACCGUGUUCACGCGCACGGGACCUCUGUCGCCGUCGGGAGCCCGCACGCCGGCUACUGGCAUGGCGGUGCCUUACUCGCCGUAUCAACCUUUCACGCCUUGCGUGCCCAUGACGCCGUCGCUUAUUACCAAGGCUGACCGGAAGAGGAUGAAGAAGCUGGAGCCCAAGACGCCGACGUUGGAGAUGGUCAGGAGUGAUGAUGACAUCUGGUAA